UUUUUCGGGGUUGCCAAGUGCAAGUGUCAACUCGCUGUCAGCUGCCAUGUGGGCAUGUCAACAAGUUUCUUGUUUUGAUUGAGGAAAAGCGUGAAAAUCUCAGAGAAAAUAGUGCACAAAUAUUCGGAAAAUGGAUUCUGACUUGUUCUUUGUGGACACCAAAGGAGAGAAACCGGAACAGAAAAAGCGCUCAAAAGACAGGAAGAUCGUGAAAAACUCCCACGAAAAUGUCGUGGUAGAGCAUAAAGAGAAGCCUUUCGGGAAGUUCAGGCACAGAGGCAAGAAAUCCGGGCAGAAGAGGAAGUUUCCCGGACCGGCGCCCAUUGAUCCGGAAGCCUUGAGUCGCCACUCUCGCGGCUCCGGAGCGGACGCCUCGGGCGUGGAGACAUCCAUCCACAAGGCCAAGCUGCGCAGGAAAGAGAUCUACUACGAAUUCGCUUCGGAACAGGCUGCGCGAGCGGAAAUUCUGCUCCCGGAGACAGAAGGCUUCAUUGAGCCUGACGAGGACGAGGAGACGGCUGAAUACACCCAGGAUGAGAUUGUGCAGCACGUGGACAUCACGGCGGCGACGAAAUCUUUUGAGCUGAAGCUGGAUUUCGGCUCGUAUCGCAUGAAGUACACGCGCAACGGCAGGCAUUUGCUGCUGGGCGGGCGGAAAGGCCACGUUGCGGCGAUGGAUUGGGUACGGAAGGGACUGCACUGCGAGACUAACGUGAUGGAGGAGAUAGUGGACGUCUCAUGGCUGCAUCUGGAAACGAUGUUCGCCGCGGCGCAGCGCCAGUGGGUGCAUUUCUACGACAAGAAGGGCACAGAAUUGCACUGCGUGAAGCAGUUGCAUCGCGUCAACCGGAUGGAAUUCCUGCCGUAUCACUUCCUCCUGGCCACAGUCUCUGACGUGGGCUUCCUGGCGUGGCUGGACGUGUCCGUGGGAGAGAUUGUGGGCAAGUACCAGUCGAAUGUGGGACGAAUUCGCUCGGUGUGUCAGAAUCCAUACAACGCUCUGAUGUGCUUGGGCGGCUCGAAGGGCGUUGUGAGUAUGUGGGCGCCUUCGCAGCAGCAGCCCGUGGCCAAGAUGCUGUGCCAUCCCGCCCCCAUCACCGCCAUCGCGGCGGACAGCACGGGGCAGCAGCUGAUCACCGCCGGCCUAGACAGGAGCGUCAAAGUGUGGGAUCUUCGACAGCUCGCCGGUCCGCUGCACAUUUACAAGACGCGCACGGCCGUGGAGGAGCUGGCAGUGUCCCAGCGCGGCCUCCUGGGCUUCGCCAUGGGCAAUGUGGUGGAGAUUUACCGGAAGCCCUCUACGCUGACCAAUGCAGCGCCUUAUCUUCGCCAGCGCGCCGACGGACGCGUGACGGGGAUGCAAUUCUGUCCCUUCGAGGACGUCCUAGGCGUGUCCACGGAGAAGGGCUUCACCUCACUCCUCGUGCCGGGCUCUGGGGAGCCCAACUUCGACGCCCGCGAGGCGAAUCCCUUCAUGAGCCUGUCGCAGCGCCGAGAGUACGAAGUCCAUGCGUUGCUGGAGAAAAUCCCCAUGGAAUUGAUCGGUCUGGAUCCCAGUAAGAUAGCCGAGGUAGACGUGCCGACGCUCAGGGAGAGAGUGGAGGCCAAGCGAAAGAUGAUGCUGAUGAAGGCGCCCAAGAUCAACUUUGAGCCGCGGCGCAAGGCCAAAGGCAAGGGCGGUUCGGCGCAGAAGGCGCGCAACAAGCAAAUUGUCCGCGAGACGAAGAUCCAGGAGUUCAGGAAGGACGUGGAGAGCGUCAAGGAGACGAUCGUGGGCGAAGCUGGCACCUCUAAGGAUUUCAUUCCGCUGGAGCAGAAGAGCAAGAGCGUCCUGGACAGAUUCAGGCCCAAGAAGAAGAACCAGAAUUAGAAGAAUUGAUAAUAAAAGGUUCUCUUAACAUUGGAAA